AUGGAAGUAAAAAUUGUUAAAGUGUUGAUACUGUUUGGAUUGUUGUUAAUUUCAUUUGUCCUAGGAUUUAUACCUAUCAAAUGGAUUUGGCAUUUUAAAGAGAAAACGAAAGAAAAAUCCAAAACUUUUCAUCUUGUGAUAAGUAUCCUGAGCUGUUUUGCUGCUGGCGUUUUCCUUGCUACGUGUUUAUUACAUUUACUUGUUGAGACACGCUUGAUCCUGGAAGAUCAGUUAAAGGACGUAGAGAUAUUUUCAGAGUACCCAGUAUCAGAGUUUAUAAUGGUGAUUGGUUUAUUGUGCAUGUUAGCCACGGAACAGCUGGUCAUGACGUACCAAGAGUAUAUAGAAAACACAGAGGAAACCGAAGAUAGUCAUCUUACUCUUAUAAACGAAUCUUCUUUUGAAAUGACCGAGCGGAACGAAAACGAUGCAAACAGACUUUCUUCAUCAGAAGAACAAAGAACCCGUAUGAAUAUGUCUGAAUCUUCCAUUGAAGGUUUAAAACAAUACAAUACAACAAUGAGAAGACCGAGCGCAGUUCAGAAUAAGAUAUCACCGGCUGAAAUGCAUGCAUCACAGACCGACAAUUCUGUGUUCAGAUCAAUUUUGCUGAUUUUAGCUUUAUCUCUGCAUUCAGUUUUUGAAGGACUUGCCGUAGGACUGCAGACAGAGACAUCGUCUAUUCUCAAGAUUUUUACCGGUCUUGUUAUCCACAAAGGAGUCAUAUCUUUUAGCCUAGGACUCGCACUAUCUCAGAGUUCUCUGUCGUACUGUGCAUCGUUGAGAUCACUGUUGAUCUUUUCUGCGGCUUCUCCAAUCGGAGUUGCUAUCGGGUUGAUCGUAGAUGGAUUGGGAGUUGGAUCGUCACCUUCAUUAGCAAUAGGAAUUUUGGAGGGACUGGCUUGCGGCACUUUCCUGUAUGUUACGUUUUUCGAAAUACUUCAACAUGAAUUUAGUAAUUGA